AUGGAGGGGGCGGGGGACGCGACAGAGCUCCCGGUGACGCUGCGCGCGGACGCAGAGGCGGGCGAGUUCCCAGCGCUGAUCGCCAGCAGAUCUCCAGCCGAGAAGGACGUGCAGCGAGCCAGGGAGAGUCUGCAGAAGCUGGCGCGGGAUCUGGCGGACCCAAGAGCUGCCAGUGCGAGGGAGACGGGCUUCCAGAGAGCGAGGAGGCAGCUCAAGGCUGCGACCGGGAAGCUGGACCGAAUGCUGUACGCGAUGCGGCAGCGGCGGGACUUCGAGCAAGUGGAGGCGGUGGCGUUCGUGUGGGAGGAAGAGUUCCCGCACUUUGCGGGGCAGCAGAAGCACUGGUCGGUGAUCUCCGAGCACUACGCAUUGGCGCUCAACUACCAGCAGCGAUUCCAGGAGGUGGUGGACAAGUUUGUGGUUUGCUUCAGAGAACAGGGAGAUCCCAAGCGCGCGGCGGAGGCGGUCAGUCUGCUGACGCCUCGACUGGCGCAGUCGAUUUUUGUUGCGCUCGGACAUUUGCGUGAUGCUUCGGGGGCGUUGCAACUGCUGGAUUCGAUGCGGCGCCGUGGCGUUCAUGUGACCAAAGUGUCCUACUUCCACGUGCUGAACGCGCUGCUGCAUGACGAGAGAUUCACCGAUUUUGAGACGGUGAUGCAGCUCUGCGAGGAGAUGGUCACUGCACUCCCGGGCGAGAUUGUGCCGCUGUCGCUGUUGCCGACGGUUAUGAUGACUGCCGCUGCCUGUGGAGAGUCUGAGAGGGCAAUGAAGCUCUAUAGUCACCCUCCCGACAUGCACAUGUCGGUGUUCACUGAGUUCCGAUUCGACAUCUGCUUGCAGCAGCUGAACCAUCUAGGAGAAGACGCGAUGCUGAUGGAGAUGUACCGGAGCUUGAUGCGAUCGUCACGAGCGAGUCGCGAUCUGAAGGAGAGAGUGUCGAAGUAUCUAUUUCGCAAGCGACUUGCAUUUACGACACCUGAAAACCGCGACGAGCGCCUCAGUGUGGCAUGCGAGAUCUUGGAAAUUAUGAACCAGCACGAAAUCCCCGUCAGUCAUCACGCUGUAUUCCCACUGUUACGUACGCUGUUGCUCGAACCAGAACCAGCGAGUUACAAGAACAAGAACGCCAGCAUCAAAAACAAGGAUGACCAAGCUGACGAGCGAGUUCCCGUUAAAGUGGAGUGUGCCGAAGAUAUUCACAACUUUUUCUCGCGGUACGCUCCUUCGUUGGAGUGGAAUGUGUUUGCUUUGUGUGAAGCUAUCGUGGCUGGUGUUCGCACCCACCGCGCAGAUGUGGUGGACGAUCUCUUCGUAUACGCGCUAGAUCGUGGCAUGCCGAUCAAGUACGCAGCGCUGGAGCAGGUGGUGGUUUACUACUACAAACUAGGCCUCCUCGACGAUUUUGAGCGUGUGUCCGACAUUGUUCAUGCCCUGCGCCUGAAUAGGCACAUUCCUCUGGGCAUCUCAGUGACGGAGAUCGGAAUGGCAGCCAACCUCCGUCUUCACCGGUAUGAGGAAGUUGUCCUGCUCUUCGAGGAUUUCUCGGCUCUCGACGGUGAACGAAAGCGUACGCUCAGACGUCGAUUUAUGCUCAAGACGGUGUUGGAUGCGUACAAACGGCUGGGGCGGACAGAUGAAGCGUUGGCGAUCCAGGCGCUGAUGAAACAAACCCACAACUCCCUAUUAGAUGAAGGCAGGUGCAGCCAAGAGGAGGAGGAUGAGGAGGCAAAAGAAGAAAUUGCGCUGGACGAGCGUGAUGGAGAAUGCACAGAGGAGGAUGUGGGCCACGAUAGCGAUAGCGACGAGGUUGGUGAGAAGGAGCUUUUGUCUUUGAAGCGCUUCAACCGGUAG